AGGUUGCAACCAAUAACUUGGAACUUUAAAUCAUUUUUUAAACACCACAAAAUUUCUAUGAAAUGUCGAGUUGACCCUGUGUCGUUUGUGUCGUUUAGCAUCAAGCACUUUCACUAUCUAUGGCUUACUUAAAUCCAGACCGUGAAAACUUUACAAACGAUCUUUUGGCGUUUACUUUAAUUAACGAAGAAACUGUUGAAAAGAUUUUAGAAACCAGAAUAACAGUUCACAAUCAGAGGAUAUAUAAAAUCAAAUGGAAGGAUUCCUGGUUGUUGGAAGAUCAAUUGAAGGAGCACUGUCUGGAAUUAAUGAAAAGAUUUUGGCGAUGUGCUGCAUCUGUUAAUCAAGAUCCAUAUCAACUGCCAUGCUUUGGAAAGACAUUCUCCAACACUUCCACAUCAUGCGAGAAUCCUGUUCAAUCUACCGACAUUUUGAGCGAUCUUGCGUUUUCAGAAGAACAUAGUAAUGUUUCGCAGCACCAUUCGUACAUUCCGUCGAUCCAUCCAAAUAGAGAGAAACAUGCCGUGCAACAACAAGUGCGACCCCUUCAGCACAGUGGAACAUUAUCGAAUCAGCUGUUACCUAAUUCUCAAGCAAGCGAUAAUUCUUCGGUCACGUCAUAUCAACUCAUUCCAAACAUAAACAACAACGAAGCAAAAACAGUGCCACAUCAACAUUCAGUAAAAGACGGAAGUGAAAGUAGCACCAAUGAUGAGUUUCCAAAGGAUGCUAUAGAUUUUAUUACUGACAGUGAAGUUUUUCUAAAAAAUUGUCUCGACUGCGACGUCGAGUUCCAUACAAAAUGCAAACAUUGUACCAAUUGUAGGGAUUGUCGAAGUAAGGCAAAAUACCAUUAUUUGGAUUGUGAUGGUGAUAAAGUAUGCGCAAUAUGUGGACAUUGUUUUGUAGAAAAGGGGUGUAAAAUAUGCUGUCCGUACUGUGGACAAGUCUAUCCAACCAGUGGCCACUGGCGUCGCCACGUGAAAGUUACCCAUCUCGGACUCGAUAAGACAAAAACAAAAGACGAACGACAAAAGGCUAAGCUAGCUAAACAGCAAGACUUAUCAAUUGUUCUUGAAGAGAAAAGAUUCGAAUGUAAAACCUGUAAAAAGUGUUUCGUCAAUCCACACAAGUUGAAACGACACGAGAAAAUACACAGCGACGUGAAAGAGUUUAAAUGUGACGUGUGCAACAAAGAAUUCGUUCAAAAGGUCCAUCUUCAGAAACAUUUGUUGCAACAUGGUAUCGGAGAAAAACGGUUUAAAUGUCAUACCUGUGAAAAAUGGUUUAACCAUAAGAUUAGUUUGAAAACACAUGCGCCAAAAUGUUCACAAGCCUGACACAGUUUUCUUCUUCUUGCAAUCUCUGUUUGUGAUAAAGUUUUUCAAUGUUUUCAAUACUUUCCAGGAUUACUAUACAACAUUUAUUUGCUGUAAAAUUCGUUGCGUUUGUAAAAAAUAUCGUCUUUUACCUAAUUUACAUAGAUGUGUUUUAUAGAUUUAUUUUAUCAAGAUAAAACUAAUUUUGCUGCUUAUUGGAAGAAAAAUUAUAUCGCCAAAA